GACAGCAAGCCCAAGGAAGUCGCGAGCUUUUGUUUUUUCGCAUUUCAAUCCUAAAUACAUCGUCACGCGACGCAUUAUCCGCGCUUUUAAGAGAUCAAACCACACAACUGAACCACACUCCAGGGUUAUUUGUUUAGCUUGUGACCUGCGGACGUCUGCUGAUGUCCCUGCUUAUCGGACACCUGAACGACGUUUAAGAGGUGCCAGAGAACUGAGAUUUCAGGGUCGGCCGCAGCGCGCGCAGCCAUGGACAGAAUGACGGGAUUACUUUCCAAUUUAUGGCCUUGGAAUGCGAAUGCUAAUAUUGGCGAGCCGAGUACCAUGGCCGACAGUGGACAAGAGCGCAUUUCGCGAGCCAUGAGACCCUACGAAGCGUUCGUCGUCUGCAUCCAAAGCCUGCUCAUCUGGGAAAAUCCGGUCAUGAGUUGCAUUUUUGUCCUUGCAGUCAAUCUUCUUUUCUGGCUGGUGGUGACCUUGGAGUUUCGUUUUUAUUCCUUGGCCAGUCUUGUGAUGCUCUUCAUUUUCGUGUACACCCUGUGGGUCGAGCAGAUCUGGCCGGAGAUUCGAUUGCCCCCUAAAGAGACUCCCGACAGCGAAGGCUGGACUCCCCUUCACCCUGGAGUGCUGAGUGUUCCUGAAAUCAGUCGCCACGUAAACCAACUGCAGAACUUUGUUUCCUCCAUUUACAUCAGCGCAGCAACAAUGAGACAAGAACAGCCCGGCAAAUUUUGUGCAGUGGCCUCCUGUGCCCUGCUCAUCCUUCUUUUCAUCGGAAGGUCAAUGUCCGGUGCUGUUCUGGCGUACCUGACCCUGAUGGCCGCUAUCCUCCUGCCAGGAGUGUGUCUCCAUCUAUUGCCCGAGGACACCUUGGACAGGUUGGGAGAAGUAAAGAAAAAACUCGUAGGCAUCAAGUCAGUCCUGCUGUUCGAAGAAAUGGACACAACAAUGACUGACUCGGACUCACUGGUACCAGAAGUGACUCCGGAGGACAUGUCACUGUUGAAUGUUCACUACCAGGAGGAAGCUAAUGAAGACGAUGAUGAUGAAAUAGCAACACUUCUACCAGCUGGAGAAAUUUCCGUCAUUCCUGAAAAUUUUUCAGAUUCAAAAGCACACGCUCUUACUCCUUCGCUGAGCUUCAUGCCUGCCCACGAUGAAGACAGCAUGGACUGUGCAGAUCUACCCCAUGACAGACUUGAGGAAUCGUUUGACUUGAUCCCUCCGAGUCCCAGCAAAGCUAAAAACAAUAUCAAGUUCAAAACGAAGCACUUCAAUGGCGACGACAGCUCUGACGAUGGCAGCUUUUCAAAGGGUUUGACCUUUGCGGACGCCCCAAGCCCUGCAGUUGUGCAACAGGAACCCGAGUCGGCUGUUGCAGGACUUGGUCCAUUUGGUGAAAUGAUCACCAGAGCCGCGGUGGAAAAUGUGGCAAAGACUUUGGUGGAUGCCAUGACCUCGGUGGCCCACAGUGUCGUCUCCACCGCAGCCUUGGCUGCAGCUCAGGCACCCGCGACUUCAGAAGCAGAUAGUGAUGCAGAAAUUGAUGACUUUGAAAUCAUCAACCAGGAGGAUCUCCCCAAGUUCUCGUAAUUGUCUCUCAGCCGUUUUAACGUUAAUCCAAAUUAUAUAUUUUAUCACUUUUAUUCGAAAACUAAAAUAAUACUGCUUCAGCCGAUCACCGUGCUCAAUAAAAUGCCCUCGAGUUGGAGUUUACGGUCACAAUUUUUUAAAGUAACUUUGCUAGAAAAGCUCAACAGCAUUGCUUUAAUCGGAGCUAGAGAGCAACUGUAUUCACAGCCAAUUUCAUAAAAUACAAAUUUAACAAUUAACACCUCGAUGUUAGUGUGCUGAAUAAGGAAUGAAUUGUAUAAUGCUCGGCAAAAAAUAUUCGAAUUAAAAUUCGACAACUAGUCAUCUGUGAAUGAGCUUUGUGUUUGACAUAGUGCAGCUGGACCUGCACAAUACACCCCCCCCCCCUCUUAAGUACAGCUUUCAAAAUUUGCUUCCUGAAUGUAUUUGUAAUAUAACUAGGAAGUGUAAUGCAAACUGAUUGUGGAUUUUGUGAUUUUAGUUUUUAGGUUUAAUUAAACGUUUUAAAUAAAAAAAACUUACUAAUGUGUAAAGUUCAUGUGCUUUUACCAAUAAAGUUCUUAUUAGGUAUUGAUAUAAUUACAUUAUUUUUCUUUUUAAAUUUUUGUUAACAAAAGCGCUCAACAUUGACUUCAAGACAGACUGAAUUUUUCGAAUUUUUCAUCUCUUAAUUCUGUCACUGUUGAUCAGAUGCGUCUUCUUUUGCUUCACUUUUCUCUUCUAAGCCUUUCCUCUUUGGAAUUAUUUUGAGGAAAGCAUCUUUCCAAGUUGCUCCACCACUGACAUUUAAGAGGAUUUCGAACACUGAAAAUGUUUAUGUUUUAUCUUUUACAGUUUGUAAAUUUUUCUCACCAUGGUCGAUAGUGAGAACUCUACGGCCUUUCAGUGUCAAGUACUCUCCUAUAGGCAGUUGAGCGUGUUUUAUACCUUUUUCAACCGCCAAUUUGUGACAUAAACCCUAUAAAAGAGGUUUUUAGAAUUUAAAUUGAAGAACCACACAAGUUGUAAUUUACUUUGUGUGCGUUAUGAUCAACUAAUCCACCAAUCACAUAAACUUUGUCAUCUUCAAGCUUAUCUAGAAUAUUUUCCGAUUCACUGCUCAGAUAAAUUAUUUUUUCCUUAUCAAACGUGUCGAUAUAACUCUUUUCCGAGAUAUUAACCUGCAAUUUUUAUUUUAAAUAAUAAAUUUAAGCUCAUAAAAUAAAUUGAAACUGUAACUUACAUCCCAAUUUAGGUAUCCUUGGUGCUUUUUCAUCUCUUGCAACGAACUGCCUGACAAGCUAUUAAAAUAUAACUGCAUAGGGUUCUCAGCUCUCCUAUUUAAACUGUAGACUCUCAAGAGCUGCUUGAUGCAUUUUUCGAUUGACUGAAGUAGAAAAGCAUUAAUAAAUUUAUAAAAAUACGAUAAAAAUUUAUACUCUCUUGUCCAUCUUGUCGUCAAAUGAUAAGUCGAUAACUACUGAAACAUUACAGCCGCUCGAAGCCAUCGUCUUAUUUUUAAGAUCUUUCCUACUGGACGUUGAGACGAUUCCAGCAGCUCUAUCAUUCUUUCUCUUUUCUUUGGCAGCUUCUUUUUCUUUUGCUC